AUGAGCUGGAAGAAGAGGCCGGACUUCUUCCCGGGGCCGCCGAUUCACGUGUGUAGAAGCAUCUCGCUCUCCUUUCAGCCCUUCUGCUCGCCUCUCCUCCCAGUCCUGGGAUCUCUUGGACCUCGAAGCCACUGUCAGCUCUGCCCAGAUGCACGGUCCCAUCCCGUGGAGCCUGCCCGCCCCCAACCCUGUGACCUGCCGCGCGGGCACAGCCCCAGAUGGAGACCGACUGGGCCAGGGCUAGAAACGCUGCUGGGUUUUAAGUCUCCAAAAGCAGACAUGAACUCAAGCUUCUGCCCCCCAGCCUCCCCUCUCCUGUGCCCCUCCGGACCCACCGAGCUGGCGGAAGCACGACAAACCCAGGCCCCCGCCCACUCCUCACUCUCGGGGACCCUCCCUCUCUACCCCAGCGGCCUUCCUCCCCCACCCUCUGCGAACGUGUUCUCCCGGCACCCGGCACCCAGUCCUCCAGGGCACACCCAGGCCUCCCACACGUCCUCGCCGGUGCUGACCUGCUUCCCCACCUGGCCCCAGCUCCAAGGUGGGAACUUGGCCUCCGUUACCCUCCGCCAGCUCCUCCCACUCACCGAUACCCCCUCCCCACCCCCGCCUCUCUCCUACCUAGGGCUGGCCCAGCGCUCCCAUCCAUCACUCACCUCUUUACCCGAGAUCUCCGUGUCAGCGUGGGGACAGCACCUGGCAAAACCCCCGGAUGGACCAGCUCCCACACUGGGAGGGUUUUGCCUGGACAAUUUUGCAUACCAGUGCCAAGGAGACCGGGUCCCCUGCCCUGCGCUAGCAUCCCAUGUUUCCUCGUGGGCUUCCUGUUGGCUAGAUGCCAGCUCAGAAACCCCCCCCUCUCUUACCAAGCAGUCCAUGCUGUUUUCACCUGAGGAUGCGAUAAGGCUCUCCAGACAGCUAAUGAGUCACCAGAUAAUUAUUUCAUUAUUCACCGUAUGA